CUGCUUUUCACCUAUAACAUUUCCCCCUUCAGCACGAUGGCUCAAAUUGGCAUCGCCACAGGGAUCAUCACACUCCUCGAAAAAUCACUGGCGUUUUAUCGCGUAAUCGCUGCAGCCAAGAAUUUUGGAUCCGAUGCAGCACACUCAGUAAUGAUGCUGCGAUUCGAGGCAUUUCGCUACCAGGAAUGGGCUCGAGAGAAUAAGAACAUCACAGCCAUAUUUCAAGACUCAUCUAAUGAAGAUACCUCUCGUCGACAGACACAAAUGAUUGGCCUUACCCACGCCACCCAGCCCAUUUCACCAGUUGCCACGUUCCGCGAAGCACUCUGCGAUGCUGUCACACAGAUCAUCGAGGUUCUCCGGUCUGUAGAUAAGCUGCUGACCAAGUAUAACCGAGCUUUUGAGGCCCGAGAGGAAUCCAAUGACCCGAUAAACCUUGGGGUUGAAUCUAUUGUCGUUGGCCCGGGAUUACUGCAAGACGAGAUGCAGAAUGCCGCUCAAAAGUAUAGUAGGCUAAAGGAGUCUCUGCAGUUGAAGACUUCGUUUGCCCGCAGAGCCAAGUACGGCAUCCAAACAUGGAAUGAUGCCGAUAAGGAGACUUUAAAGGAUCUUGUAGAGCGCUUUAAAUACUGGAACGACAGCAUCCACCAAAUCGCGCCACCUGAAAAACCGAACCUACAGGAACUGAGAAUGGCAAGCCAGUUGGUUGUCUCUGCCAGAUCAUCCGCGCAGCUAGAGAGUGUUCGAGAAGCUGCUGCCGAGAGCAGCUAUAAGUCGGUUUCUAGGAGCGCCGGCCUAAAAAUGAAGAUGGGUGAAGCGUUUAGAGACCCAGGUUUAAAAAAGAACUAUGCAGAUGUCAAGAUUGACACCAAGAUCGCAAGGAGUCGUCGUUUUCUUACAGAAUUUUAUCCUGAGGGUAUGUCUGGAGCGAGGACACAAGUCACCCCGAGGAGUCCCGCUAAUUUUAAAAUUGUAGGCAAUUCAGGGUCUCCUUCAUCAAUACGAACGGCCACGCAAAGAGUCAUCACUGAAUGGUACUACUACGACUCCAGGUGGAACGAUGACCAGGCGAAACUGGCUGAUGAUAGAGUUGAACGCCUCGCACAUCGAUUUUCUGCCUCUGAAAAGCCCGUGAAUCUCCAUGUCCUUGAUUGCGUUGGAUGGAUUCAACAUCCCAGCAAACGUGACAGAGCUCUUCUUUAUAAAGUUCCGGACAACUCUGACUGCGUGAGCCAGACGAGCCAGCCCGUUACCCUGCACGAGCUGCUUACCGCAAAGCAAACACCGACCCAUGAGCGACUUCCAUCUCUUGGACAACGCUUUAAGCUCGCGGCUGCUUUAGCGGUCGGUUUCCUCGAACUUCACACCGUCGGGUGGAUACAUAAAGGAUUCGGUAGCCAUAACGUGCUCCUAUUCUCUGAUUCGAAAGGCAAGGUUUGCUACGACAAACCAUUCAUCUCAGGCUUCGACUUUGCCCGACCCGAUACUCCAAGGGAGGUGUCUCUCUCCACACGAGUGUCAAAAUUCGACCUCUACCGUCAUCCAGAGAUUCGAGAACUCAAACCAUCCUCGGAUAUUACGAAGCCAUCCUCCUCACAUGCUCAUGACGUAUACAGCCUGGGUCUCGUCCUCUUCGAGAUCGGCAUGUGGAUGCCACUCGAAUCCUAUACGAAGGCAAACUUGAGUCCUUUGGACUUUCGCACACGGAUUCAAGGCUAUGUUGCUAGGGAUCUCGGGCUCUGGAUGGGUAACCGCUUUAGGGACGCUGUGCAGUCGUGUCUGUCUGGUGAAUAUCUGCAGAAGUCAGAAACAUUUUCGCUAGGGGAGACAGAAGAGCAGAUUGAAGACGCAGAAGAUCUCGUGGAUCCUGCUACUUCAGAUCAGAGUAUGACACGCAUUCGUCAACUUGGUUACUUCUACCACUUUAUUGUAGCAGAAAUACAUGGCUGCCAGUGCGAAGUAGGGGAGCGGUAAAUAGAUCCUAGUAUCAAGGUCCUGGGAGGAAAGAUUUAGAAUAGAGGCAAAGUGAGGACCCAAAGAUUGUCCCAAAGUCCCGAUCUUUGCCACAUCAACAGUACUUGGUCAUUGUGUUAGCUUAUGAAAGGAUGUGCCGGCGGCUUCGUGACGACGCUACAACGGAAGUAGGUGUAUUCUCUAUCAUGAUAUCAGGCAGAUAGUUAUAGGAUAGAGGAUAGAGGCGAGGGGUCAAUUAGGUGGCGAGAGCUAAACCAGGUAGAUUGAGC